CGGUGCUGAGGCGCUGCUGUCAUGGCGGCGCGGCAGCUGCUGAGGGCGGCCCCGGGCCGCGGGCGGCGCGGCUACAGCAGCGCGGGCGCUGCCGAGUUCCUGCACCGCAGCAUCGUGCCCACCAUGCACUACCAGAAGAGCCUGCCCAGGCUGCCUGUUCCCAAACUGGAAGAUACAAUUAUGAGAUAUCUGAAUGCCCAGAAACCGCUUUUAAAUGAUGACCAGUUCAGGAAAACUGAAGAACUCGCUCGUGCCUUUGAAAAGGGAAUUGGAAGAGAGCUACAUGAGCAACUGGUUGCUCAGGACAAUCAGAACAAGCAUACUAGUUACAUCACAGGUCCCUGGUUUGACAUGUACCUAAAAGCACGUGAGCCUGUUGUUUUGAAUUUUAAUGCAUUUAUGUCUUUUAAUCCCGAUCCCAAAGCGGAAUACAACGAUCAGCUCACACGAGCUACGAACAUGACUGUUUCUGCCAUACGUUUUAUGAAGACCUUCAGGGCUGGUUAUCUGGAACCAGAGGUUUUUCACCUUAAUCCAGAAAAAAGCGACACUGAGCUUUUUAAAAAAAUUAUCCGAUUUGUGCCUUCUUCAGUGUCCUGGUUUGGUGCCUACAUGGUCAAUGCUUACCCCCUGGAUAUGUCUCAGUACUUCAGGCUUUUCAAUUCCACACGGGUGCCUAAGCUCGAGAAAGAUGAGCUUUAUACAGACGAAAAGGCGAAGCAUUUACUAGUACUGAGAAAUGGAAAUUUUUAUGUGUUUGACGUAAUUGAUAGAGAUGGAAACAUGCUGAAACCCUCAGAAAUACAAGCACACUUGAAAUACAUCCUUAGUGACACCAGUCCGGCCCCAGCCUUCCCUCUUGGCUACCUCUCCAGUGAAAACCGAGACACGUGGGCAUCGCUGAGAAAGAACCUACUGGAUAAUGGCAAUGAAGAAGCUCUUCAAAAAGUAGACUCUGCUUUGUUUUGUUUAAGUUUAGAUGAUUUUCCCAUUAAAGACUUUGUGCACUUGUCCCACACUAUGUUGCACGGGGAUGGGGCUAACCGCUGGUAUGACAAGUCCUUUAAUCUCAUCAUAACCAAGGAUGGCACUGCAGGAAUCAAUUUUGAACAUUCCUGGGGAGAUGGUGUGGCUGUGCUCAGGUUCCAGAAUGAGGUUUUUAAAGACAGCACCAAGUCACCAGCCAUCAGCCCCCAGUCCCAGCCUGCUUCAGUAGACUCCUCUAAGGCAGUGCAGAAACUUGACUUUAAGCUGAACGAUGCCUUAAAAGCAGGGAUUACCAAAGCCAAACAGAAAUUCGAUGCCACUGUAGAAUCGCUGUCUGUUAACAUGAUUCAGUUCCAAGAAGGGGGCAAGGAGCUUCUAAAGCAGAAGAAGGUGAGCCCAGAUGCUGUGGCUCAGCUGGCCUUCCAGAUGGCUUUCCUUCGCCAGUACAACCAGACUGUGGCUACGUACGAGUCGUGCAGCACUGCAGCGUUCAAACACGGCCGUACAGAAACCAUCCGGCCUGCCUCUGUCCAUACCAAGAAAUGCUCGGAAGCUUUUGUCAAGGAACUGUCCAAACACAGCACAGAGGAGCUGCAGAAGUUGAUAGUGGAGUGCUCCAAGUACCACGGCCGCUUGACAAAAGAAGCUGCUAUGGGGCAGGGAUUUGACCGCCAUCUCUUUGGGCUGCGCUACUUGGCCUUAUCCAAAGGGCUGGCUCUACCUGAUUUCUAUCAAGACCAGGCCUACGCUCGGCUCAAUCACAACAUCAUCUCCACGAGCACCUUGGUCAGCCCAGCUGUGCAGCUGGGAGGGUUUGGCCCCGUGGUGUCCGACGGCUUUGGAUUAGGAUAUCAGGUACAUGACGACUGGAUAGGUUGUAAUGUUUCCUCUUACCCAACUAGGAAUGGUGAAGAAUUCCUUCAGUGUAUACACAAGUCACUAGAAGAUAUCUUUAAUGUUUUGAAGGGCAAGAAGAUUGGUAGUUAGACAUAAAGACGUUAGAAGACUUUACAGUUGCAGUACAAAAUGCAGACUGUGUCUAAUUGACGUACUAAUCAGUGUUCAGCAUGGCUGAGACUGCCCAGCUUAAUUGGCUUCAUGUAUCUUCACUGGAAUACUUUUAGAUUCACUAUGAAAUUUGUAUCUUUUAAAGAAAUCAGUUACAAACCUUGAGCAGAUACUUCAGGAAAUACAAGCACUCACAAUGUAAAGUUAAGUAACACUUCCAUCUGUUCCAACCCAUCCAUGUGUUCUUAAAACAUAUCAUCUAAAAUAAACGGUUUAUGAACUUGGAACAUCUGUGUUCCAUGAGUGUUCAGACACUCAAAUCAAUACUGUGAUACUACUCUUAAACUGCUAAGAUUUUUAAAAAAAAUACAUGCAAUAAUUUUAAACAUGAAAGAGUGGUUCCAUUUGCACUUGCAGUAAGCUUGCUUACUAACUGCUCACACUUUUCUCUUUAAACUUGAAUUUAUAUCAGGACUGAUAGUGCCUCAAGUGCUUGAAGCCUUUCCACUCUUAACUUCCAGAGAAACAAAAAAAUGAAGUGGGAGGCCUUAAGUGAUAUGCAAUCAUCAAAUGGGUUGUUAAACUGACUGGAAAAGACUGUAUUUUAAUAAAGCUGUCUAUUAAUAA